AGUUCUUUGCGGCAUCGCGUUAAGUAAGAGAUCGUUUGAUCAAUUGAAACAAUAUGAAUUUCAUAGGAAAUGUAAUAUUAUUGGGACUAGUAACCUUGUGUCUGGCUAAGUAUACAGAAAAACAAAAUCAAUUCACAGCUGAUGUGUACGCAAAAUGUGCCAUAGAAUUGGCUAUGGUAAUCGACAGUGACUUUAUAGAACGUUCCAAAAUCACCGGAAACGUUUUUACAAAUGAUGAGGCAUCGAAGAAAUUGUUAGCCUGUUGGUAUACUCAAGCUGGUAUGAUUGACUCAGAUGGAAACAUUAGAGUUCAAGCAUUAGUCGACUAUCUGUCCGAAGGCCGCGAUGUUCAGGCCUUAACAGACGUCGUCGAAAAAUGUGCUACGGUGGAUGGAGAUACCGUCGAAGAUAAGGCAUAUAAUUUUGAACAGUGCUUCUGGAAAGAAUUGACCUUUGAGUUGUAAGACCUGAAUACAGCAUUGAAAGUUAUAAUUUUUCUUUUCUGAUUAUUAUCCUUGGUAUUGAAUAAAUAAAUAGACUGUUAUUAAAAUUGUUUGCAUUUAUAGAAGAAAUAACUCGUUUGAGUCCACCUAGCGAUGUAUAAUCAUUAUACUAUGAUAUUGUUAAACAAUUCACACUAGGCAUUGGUAUAUGCGCGCAAGUAAACUAUUCACUACUUUUGACUUUCAUCAUUAUUAAUAUAAAUAAAACCCUUCUUAAUCCACCUAGUGGUGUGAUA